CGCACCAACAGAAUGCUGGAAUGCGCUUGACGAGAAAUGCUCGAGCAGACGCUUCUGGCUGCUGCCACUGGUGACCGUCUUCUGUGAUGGCCGCUCUAGCUAGAGUACUCCGCCCUUCGCUCAUCAAUCGCCAGUUUUUGUACGAAUGCAGUGCCCAUGAUUCAGGACCUUUCAAAGUGGGCUUUUGUCAUCAACCAGAUUGCCAUUUAGACAAUCGAGCAAGUCCACUGGCUGCUGGUCCUUUCGGCGGCAACCAGCUGAAAAGUACUCAGCGCAAAUUUGUCAUCGGUGGUGCUACAUUGUCGAAGACAGGUGGUGUGAGAAUGGAGCCUAAGUCAGCUAGCGCCACCACCGCCACAAAGGCUUCAAGCCAGGAUGGGGCUACAGCCACUGAGAAGAGUGUGCUGGUGCCAAUUGCCAAUGGCAGUGAAGAAAUGGAGGCUGUCAUCAUGAUUGAUGUCCUCAGACGUGCUGGUGCUGAUGUCACUGUCGCAAGCGUGGAGAAUGAUCUCCAGGUCACUGCAUCCCGUGGGGUGAAGCUGGUGGCGGACAGGUCAAUUGGUGAAUGCACUGAGCAAACAUUUGACUUGGUGGUCCUCCCGGGGGGCAUGCCUGGUGCGGAGCGCCUGCGAGACUGUGCCGAGUUGAAGGAGAUUACUCAGAAGCAGGCGGCCAGAAAAGCCCUGUACGGAGCAAUUUGUGCUGCCCCCGCUGUGGCUUUGCACUCCUGGGGUCUUCUGGAUGGCAAAAUUUCCACUGCACACCCUGCAUUCUCAGACAAGCUUCCCGACACGAGCGCAGUCGAGCAGCGAGUUGUGCGGGACGGCACUGUGCUCACCAGCAGGGGCCCCGGCACAGCCAUGGAGUAUGCGCUGGCGCUGGUGGAGCAACUUUACGGCAAAGAGAAAGCAGAAGCAGUGGCGGGGCCAAUGGUGAUGCGAAAAGGGGAUGGGAGCGACGUGUUCAGGAAGGACUUCGGCGUUGAAACGGUGUCGGUUGACGAGCGGCCCAAGGUCCUCGUGCCGGUCGCCAACGGCAGCGAAGAGAUGGAGGCCGUCAUCAUUAUUGACGUGCUCGUCAGGGCGGGGGCUGAGGUCCACGUGGCAAGCAUAGAGGACUCCAAGGAGCUGGUGCUCUCGAGGAAGGUCAAGAUGGUAGCCGACCGGUCAAUCGAGGACUGCACUUCUACUAAGUACGACCUGAUUGUGCUCCCGGGUGGCAUGCCAGGCGCGCAGCGACUGCACGAGUCCGCGCCCCUCGACAAGCUCCUCCGCGAACACGUUGCUGAAAGGCGGCUCUACGCUGCCAUCUGCGCCGCUCCGGCCGUCGCUCUCGAGAGCAAGGGUCUGCUAAAAGGAAAGAAGGCCACGGCGCAUCCAGCGUUUGUCGACAAGCUUACGGACAGGUCUGCUGCGGACGCCCGAGUGGUCCAGGACGGGUUAGUAGUCACAAGCCGGGGGCCAGGCACCGCCAUGGAGUUCGCGCUGGUGCUGGUGGAGCGGCUCUUCGGGCGGGAGAAGGCCGACGCAGUGGCGGGGCCCAUGGUCAUGCCGAAAGAGGUAGUAGCAGCCGCAGUGCUGUAGAAUGCAAGGCUUAAGUGAGAGACCGAGCUUCUUUCUUGAUUAGGUUUGUACAAACGAGAUCAUGAUCUGUUCGAUAUACGUCGGUCACCUUUUGCAGAUUGAGCGCAGAGGAUUGUUGAGUCCUAAGUGUACAUUGACAGUAAUGCAUGCGAAGUACAGUGAUAGCAAUCAGGAUGAGCUUAUAGAAGAGAGCACGGUCGAUCCAGGUUGGGCCGCCCCCGUUGCAUCUGUUCAUCCAAUCGCAUCGGCAGUAUAUGAUUUCCAAUCAAGCCC